CGAGGGCAGAGCCGCGCGCGAAGGGAGGGCGAACCCAGCGGCAUCGAUGCGGAAGGCGGCGGCGUUAGCGGCGGCGGCGGUGGUCGCAGCCGCAGCAACCAUCGCUGUGCGGCAGAGGCUGCGGGAGGCAAAGCGGUGGGCGCGCGCGGCCGCCGUGUUGCGGGACCUACAGGAGCGGUGCGCGGCGCCGGCGGCGAGGCUGCAGCAGGUGUCGGCCGCGAUGGAGGUGGAGAUGCGCGCGGGGCUCGCCUCCGAGGACGGGAGCAAGCUCAAGAUGCUCGUCACCUACGUUGACUCCCUCCCCUCCGGGGAUGAGAAAGGGCUGUUUUAUGCACUUGACCUCGGAGGGACAAACUUUCGUGUUUUACGAGUUCAAUUAGGGGGCAAGGAACGACGAAUUAUCAAGCAAGAGUCUAUAGGGGUAUCCAUUCCACAGCAUUUAAUGUCCAGGAGUUCGCACGAACUAUUUGAUUUUAUCGCAGAUGCUUUAGCAAAGUUUGUUGCCACCGAGGGUGAAGACUGUCAUGUUCCGGAGGGCACCGAGAGAGAACUCGGUUUUACAUUCUCCUUUCCAGUGAAGCAAACAUCAAUUUCAUCUGGCACUCUUAUCAAGUGGACAAAGAGUUUUUCAAUUGAUGAAAUGGUUGGCAAAGAUAUCGUGUUUAAACUAAAUGAGGCUAUAAAACGUCAAGGACUUGUUAUGAAAGUCUUAACAUUGGUGAAUGAUACGGUCGGGACACUGGCUGCUGGGAGAUAUGUGGAUGAUGAUACUAUGGUUGCUAUUGUACUAGGAACUGGUACUAAUGCAGCAUACAUAGAGCAUGCACAUGCAAUUCCUAAAUGGCAUGCCCCAAUGCUUAAGUCUGGAGAUAUGGUAAUAAACAUGGAGUGGGGAAACUUUAAGUCUGCUCAUCUUCCACUCAGUGAAUAUGAUCAAGCUUUGGAUGCAGAAAGUCUGAAUCCUGGAGAACAGAUUUACGAGAAGUUGACUUCUGGUAUGUAUAUGGGGGAAAUUGUCCGAAGAAUCUUGUUACGGAUGGCCCAGGAAGCUGCUCUUUUUGGUGGCAAUAUACCUCCAAAACUUGAGAUCCCAUACAUUUUAAAGACAUUUCACAUGCUGAUAAUGCAUCAUGAUACAUCACCCGAUCUCAAAACAGUUGGACUCAAACUAAAUGAAAUCUUGGAGAUCGAAAGUAGCUCAAGAAAAACAAGAAAACUGGUUGUGGAUGUUUGUGAGGUUGUUGCCAGGCGUGGCGCACGACUUGCUGCUGCCGGAAUACACGGCAUCCUCAAAAAGCUUGGCCGGGUUACCGACAGGCCCGACAAGCGAAGGACAGUGAUUGCUGUGGACGGCGGAGUCUACAAGUACUAUACUUUCUUUGGGCGGUGCAUGGAGAGCACUCUGAGGGAAAUGCUUGGGGAGGAGGUGGCAUCCUCGGUUGUAAUUAAGCCCGUUGAUGACGGCUCAGGCAUUGGGGCAGCUCUGUUGGCAGCAUCCUAUUCUCAGCACCUCCAGCCCAUGAAUGACUAAUCUGAUAGUCCCUUUGAUUCAGAAGCCACAUCAGCAUCUUCUUAAUCCAAAAUGGCAUGCACUUUGGUGCAUGUUCAAGAAGAAAAAGAAGCCAUAGGAGCAGUUCACCGUUGCCAAACUCCCCUGUAUUUUUUUCAACUGACAAAUUUUAAUCAUCAACUACGCGA